CCUCGGCGAGGACUUCUCCACGUCACAAGAUGAGGGCAUCGUUGCUCCCCGCACAGAGUUUGGUGUGCAUCUCUAUUUCAAGGCCACGAAGGCUCUAAGCAUUAAGAAGAUGAUCCGACUAGAGGUUUCAGGUGCAGAAAACAUGCUGGGGAUCGUUCAGAUUGAAAAUAUCCAAAUCCUUGCGGAGGUGUAUGAUGUUGCUCUGAGCAUCAGCAUGUCUAAAGGUGCAGGUGGCAGCGUGGAUUUUGGGAUGCUUAAGGUCCUGGAUGAUGCAAAGCAAGUGCUGACUCUGAAGAACCAAGGGAAGUACGAGAUUGCGUGCAGUUUCAAGCUGGAAACCAUGGAUACCGACAUACGUGACUUGGCAUCCCACUUCACUCUCCAGCCGCAGAAGGGCGUGCUGACUGCCUCCGGGCACCCCGUGCAGGUCCAGCUGCUCUUCCACCCCAAGAUGGAAAUGAGCAUUGAGGACAAACCCAUCCUGCAGUGCCAGGUGAUUGAGCCCAGCAUCUGUGAAGGAGGCGAGACCAUUGCCAUCAUCCCAGUAAGGGUGUCAGUGAAAGCCCUGUUCAGCAAGUCCAGCACUUACCCUGCCUCGCUCAUCAACUUCAGUGCCAGGAUGAACGGCAAGAAGAAAACCUGCACCUUCUAUUGCAAGCUGAGUCCUAAAGCCCUGGGUUAA